GGGAGGUGGUGAUAUGCACAGUUGUUUCAUAGCUUUAUAUUAAAUGAAUGAAAAGAAAGAAAGAGAGGGAGCAAGAAAGCAACUUGGGUUUUUGUCUUCUCUCUCUGUUUAUCAACCUCCCUUCUUCCUCUCCCGUUCUCUCUCUCUCUCUCUCUCUCUCUCUCAAAUCUCAAUCAAUUGCAGAAUUUGAUCCACUUCAAUUUCUUCGUUGCCCUUUUCUUCUUCUCUUCUGCAACUUCACCUCCAUAGCUGCAAUAAGAAAGAAAGAAAGAAAGAAAGAAAGAAAGGAGAAAUUGGAAAAGGGAUCUGCAACAUAUGAUGGAUUCAAGGGUUUCUAAGGAACUCAAGCCAAGGAGGAAGCUGGUUCAGAAGACAGUGGUGAGGGUGAAGAUUGAUGCAAAUGUUGGGAAGCAGAAGGGUGAAGGACCUCCCUCUGAUUCAUGGUCCUGGAGGAAAUACGGGCAAAAACCCAUUAAAGGGUCUCCAUAUCCAAGGGGUUCUGAUCAGUACUUCACUGCCUCCAGGGGCUAUUACAGGUGCAGCACAUCAAAAGGGUGUUCAGCCAAAAAGCAGGUGGAGAGAUGCAGAACAGAUGCGUCGGUGCUCAUCAUCACAUACACCUCUAGCCAUAACCACCCAGGCCCUGACCUUCAAAACGCCCAGCCCACUGAAGAAAUCCCCACAACCCCAAAACAAGAUCAUGAAGAAUCAAGCCCACAAGAUCAAAAACAGCAAAAGCAUAAACAAGAACAGCAACAGCAACAAGAAGAUGAUGAAGAAGAGCAACCCAUGAUGGGCAGUGAUGAAGAUGCAAGUGAAGAUCAAAACCAAUACUUCCACUAUGUCCAAUCCCCAAUCUGCUCCUCCCAAGACAUUAUCAUCAACCAAGAAGAAAACCCUUUCACCCAUGAAAGCCUGGCUGAAAGCACCCAUGGCUCUCUCAGUCUCCUGCUUGAUAAAGAAGAACCCCUCUCUUACCCCCAUCUCAUGACUUUCUCCACACCAAAAUCAGAAGAAAAUGACUUCUUUGAUGAGCUUGGGGAACUACCGACAUCUUCCUCUUUCACAAGCUUCAUGAGGAACAAUUUUUUUGAGGAAAGGAUCUUGGCACUCCCUUCCUGAUUCGCGCUACUGUCCUCAGCACUUGGUGCUUCUGGGAAAAAAAAUGUACUCAUUAAAAUGUUCAUAUGUGAUACACCCACUAGUAGUACUAGUACUGCCACUGCUAGUUCAAUUAACUCUUCUGGAUUCUGGUACAUCUCUUUUAGUGUUCCUCUCUCUCUCUCUCUCUCUCUCCCUUUUGAGUUCACAGAUUAUGAAAAGUUGCAGUACCACUUUGGCGCAAGAGAAAGUUUAUUUUUUUACUCUUUUUAUUUUUUUCAUUAAGUUAGUGGGUAGGUGUUAUCACUUUACUUUUGUUUCUGCAGAAUGUGAUUAAUGAUAAACCCACCUAAAACCCCACAUACCCAGAGUAGUUGGAUCUUCAUGUACACACUAUUAAAUAUACAAUUAUUAAAAGGAGAAAAGAUGCAGGCACGAGAGUCACGAGCUGAGAGCACAAAGGUGUUUGUGAUGAGAGAAAAAAAAGGCAGUUUUCUUUUUGCUUUAUAUAAGAGAAUUGGGAAGAGACGUUCCCAUUUUUUGGCA